AUGUCCGCACGCCUGACAGACUAUGUUGAUCCUCUCAUUGGAACCGCUGGCUCGACUCCAGGCUCUGCAAUCGCAGGCGGCAACUCAUUCCCAGGAGCUACACUCCCAUGGGGCCUCGCGAAGCCUGGCAUCGAUACGUCGUACUUGGGCGUUCCAAACGGUACGGCCGUAGAUUGCAACGCAGGAUACUCUCCACUCGGCAACGUGACUGGAAUAUCUAUGACACAUGUUUCGGGUACUGGAGGCGUCCCCACUUAUGGGCUGAUUUCGCAGAUGCCAUUGUACGGAGACUUGAGCGACAUCAAUUUGGCAGACAAUACCACGUAUUGGCAAAACAGAAGCUUAGGGGACGAGACAGCCACCGUCGGUCAUUUCAAAACAGUUUUGCUCAAUGGAAUCGAAGUAGACAUUGCAAGUUCACGCCGGGCUGGUCUCAUCAAGUACACCUUUCCAGCAUCGAUCGCCAGCAAUGCUAGCAUAUCUGGAUCUACUCCCGAAAUUGGAAAAACAGCGACAACAGAAGAUGCACAUGUCCUCGUUGAUUUGACACACGUUCUCCCAGGCUAUGGAACGCAAGCCUACUCGCAGAGGUACACUCACGGCACGCUGCACACUCGCACAGGCAAGAAUGGGCAGCCAUCGUACUCCGGAUCCGCGACUUAUACUGGAGGUUGGAGCCAACCUCAAUCACAUACACUUUACUUCUGCGGAAACUUCAGUGCGAUAAAUCUGGUGCCCAGCGAUGCAUACGUGACGCAAAACAGCAGAGAUCGUGUGCCAGGCGCUGGAACCAUAAAUUGGCCGUAUAGUCCGUCAGAGCCACCUGCGUUCAAGAAUCGCCCGAUUCCAAGGUCUUUCACCGAGUUUGAGGCAUUUGCUGGCAAUGGCAUGGGAAUUGGCGCGCUCUUCAGCUGGACGCCUGCGGCCAAUAAUGCAUCCGCAGGUAGAGAAAUCCUGGCCAGAAUCGGCAUCUCCUAUAUUAGCCACGAACAGGCCUGUGUCAACUCUGCAAACGAACUUCCUGCGAAUCUGAGCUUUACUGACGUUGUCGAGAUAUCUCGAGAGGAAUGGGAGAAGAAGAUCCUAAGCACGAUUGAAGUUGUAGAUGAUGGCUCUACUAGCAGUAGCAACACUACGCUCAAACGGAUGCUGUACACUGCACUGUACCAGACUGGCCUGAUGCCCACUGACAAGACUGGCGAAAGUCCCGCUGGAUACGAUGGCAUUCCAUAUUUCGACGACCACUACACUCUCUGGGAUACGUACCGAAGUCUCACGCCACUAUACCACUUACUCUACACUGAGACCUACUCUCGUGUUAUCAAGGGUCUGAUCUCUGUUUUCACGGUUGAGGGAUGGCUCCCAGCUGGUCGCAUUGCCAACUGGAACGGGCGAGUGCAAGGCGGUACUCAUGCGGACAUGGUGCUGGCUGACGCUUAUGUCAAAAACGGUGGCGAGCUAGCUGACGACAUCGACUGGCAUGAGGCUUAUCGAGCAGUUCUGAACGACGCUCUCGCAGAGCCAGUGCACAACGUAGACACCGCAACCUUCGACGGCGCAACAAAAGAAGGUCGCGGCGCUCUCGACGACUACCUCUCCCUCGGCUUCAUCACCCGAAACCACACCCGCAGCAUUUCCCGCGGAGUCGAAUACUCCCAAAACGACUUCUCCAUCUACAGCAUGUCCAAAACCCUAUCCAACUCCACAACCCAAACCUCCGACUUCCUCAACAAAUCCUCCUGGUGGCAAAAUCAAUGGUCCCAAUCCGCCAACACCACCCUCUACAUCCCCUCCAUCUCAAACUCCACCACCAACACCACUUUCACCGGCUUCCCAGCUCCCCGCAACAGCGACGGAACCUGGAAUUUCACAGCCUACGACCCUCUCAACUGCGGCAGCUGCGGCUGGGCCGACGACAUCUACGAAGCCAAACCCUGGGAAACAGCCUUCGGCGCCGCUCCCCACGACAUGUCAACCAUAAUAAAACUCAUGGGCGGUGAACAAAAGUUCAUCCAGCGUCUUGAUGCAAGUUUCAUCCCCGGACUAGGCUCUUCUGUAGGAGCGAAUAACGACGCAGGAACAGCGCUUUUCAAUCCUGGAAAUGAACCUUCGUUUUUGACACCAUAUCUGUAUAAUUAUGUCUCUGGAUAUCAAUGGAAGACUGUGCACAGGACAAGAGAGAUCGUAGAUCAGUACUAUUCGGAUGAAAGGAAUGGAUAUCCAGGAAAUAUCGACGGAGGAGCGCUGCCGAGUUGGUUGAUUUUCGAUUUGAUUGGAUUGUUCCCCGUUGCAGCACAGCCCGUAUACCUAAUCGGCGCUCCUCGAUUUUCAUCACUUCGGAUCAAACUCUUCACGGGCACGAAACGCGAGACAACGCUGAAUAUCACAGCGCCAGGCCUUUCUGAUACGAACUUUUAUCCUCAAUCGAUCACUUUCAACGGAAAGAAUCACACUCGCAGCUGGUUGAGUCACGAAGAGCUCAGUCAAGGCGGCAAUCUAGUCUUCAACGUGGGACCUGAGCCUAGCUCAUGGGACAUUGGCGAAAGACCGCCCUCAUUAUCUGGCUGGUCAUAG